AUGUCGAGUCUUCCGCAGACCGAGUGGACCUCUGGCCUACCCAGGGACAUCAUACACUGUAUCCUACCUCAUGUGACCCAGCGAGAUCUUGAAUCAACUUCACUAGUCAAUCACGAAUUUGCAGACAUCUCGCGGUCCCUCAUAUUCAGGCGAAUCGCCAUGAACAUCGACGAGGAUGAGUGGUUCCACAGCAAGCUAGACUUCCUGCGGCAUAGGCCCGAUGUGUGCGGCUACAUAAAGGAACUUGUCAUCAGCUCGCGAUGCUCCGCCUCAUACAGAGAGACAGAGGGUGCACCAUCUGUACCUCCCAUUAAAUUCCUCGAGAAUGUUAUCAAAGAUGGCCUAUUCAGAACAGGUCUCAAGAAGUUGGAGUGGGAAGCCGAACAAGAGAUACCUGCCUCCUUCUCAGAAACCGUCCAGACAGCGUUCCCUAAUUGCACCUGGGUUGUCUCGAAGUACACGGGCAACUUCCUGUCACCGAUGCCCACCCUGACCACCCUGAGGUCUGUCGUCCAUCUGCACGCCGAUCCGUUGCUCGGAUUCCAGCCCGUCCUGCUGCGCUCGCCCCAACUUCGCGUCUUGGACGUGGCGGCGUAUCAGCAGAGGGGCUGCGUGAUGCACCACUACGAAGCGCCACCAUUUUUGCGGUACGACCCGCACGCUGCGGCCUCCCAGAAGGCUUACCCACUGAUUGAAGAGCUCACCAUACGCGACUUCGGGUGGAGCGAGCAUGGUGCCCGCGUCUGUCUCCAGACGAUGCGUUGGUCGCACCUGCGCCGCUUGGAGCUGCUGCGCGGCAACGGGUUCGCGCUCUUGCAGGGCUGUAUCCCUGCGCGCGAGACACUGCCCGCGCUCGAGGACUUCAAGCUGGUAACGUGGUAUAUGCGUGACGGCCAGCGACACCAACAGUACCUGGAUACCCUCAAGCAAUUCUUGACAAUGGCCCCCGGGCUACGCGACCUGCACCUCGCAGGGCCUUGGCAGCCCCUAGUCCCGGUCAUUACAAAGUGCCAUGGUCAGACGUUGCGGUCGCUGGUGGUUCACGAACAUGAACGUGCUCAGGAGCCGCAGAGGACCACACUCCAACUCUCCGACCUGAUCACGCUGGGGAAACACUGCGUGGUCCUCGAGCAUCUGGGCAUAGAUGUGGAAGCAGAUUAUUCUCUUCCGGGAAGUUCAGGUGGCGAGUCACUUGCCACAGUUGUGAACUCGAAAAUCUUCUUCCCUGCCCUGCGGCACAUCACACUUUGGACUCCCCUCGGCAUCAUGAAACAGCGCGCUCCGUUGCGAGGACUAAGUCUAGAAAAGCAUGAGUCAACAAAUCUUUUGGACAACCUCCAACGCCACGCCCCUGCAAUUCUGGAUCCGAGCUUAGGCAACCCAAAUUCACGGUUUCGGGCGAUUCUGGCGCUGUUCAAAUCGUCCCAACAUCGAGUCUCGGGGAAACCCCGAAUCGCCUCAAAAUCGCGUACUCUGAUCGCCCCUGAUGGUACCGAAGGAAACAGGGGAAAGCUCGACUCUGUCACAGUCAAUAUUGGAGAGCAAGAUAGGCUAAUGGGAGGCGGAUACCCAGCGGGUGAGUGUCUUCUUAAUCCCAGCUCCUCGAUACCCCUCGAUGACAACGUGACGCUCGUGUAG